AGUGGGCAGGGUGCUGCUCGGAAGAGCUGGAGGCAGAGGCUCACUUCCAUGGCUGCAAAACUCUUCAGUAUUGCACACCAUGCAGAAACGUCGUUCCCAGCCAGGCCACCAGAGUGGACUUCUACACACUUGAGGCUGCACUCUGCCUUCUGUCGUCACACCUUGCUGCUGCUGCUGCUGCUCCUCCUCCUCCUGUACCCAGACCUGCCUGCAGCCACCCAUAACCUGAAGCCAUCCCUGCCCCCAGUGGUGAAAGGCAGCCCUUUCCUGGUGGCCUGGAAUGCACCCACGGCUCGCUGUUCAGCUUCCUUUGAGGUCCCCCUCAGCUUGGAUUCCUACGGCAUCCUAGUGAAUUCCCAGGAAGCCUUCAUGGGUGAGAACAUCACCAUCUUCUAUUACGACCAGCUGGGGUUGUACCCCUAUUACUUGAACACAACUGUGCCACCCACUGCCAUCAAUGGCGGCUGCCCUCAAAAUGCCAGCCUGAUGGGACACUUGGACAAGAUGAAAAGGGAUCUUGCUGUGACCAUGCCCUCAGAUUCCUUUGCAGGCCUCUCUGUAAUUGACUGGGAGAACUGGAGGCCCCUGUGGAUACGAAAUUGGGAUAAGAAAAAUGUCUAUCGGAACAUGUCUCUCCAGCUUGUACGGCAAAGGAACCCCCUUUGGUCUGAUUCUCAGGUAGAAAUACAGGCCAAGUUUGAAUUUGAGACAUCUGCCACCACAUUUAUGUCGGAUACCUUGCGGCUGGCCCGGUCUCUACGUCCUCAUGGUUGGUGGGGUUAUUACCUCUUCCCAGAGUGCUAUAACUACCACUAUUUAGAUGACUUUGAGAACUUCACAGGGCACUGCCCCCCAGUGGAGGUGCAGCGUAAUGAUGAACUGACCUGGCUUUGGGAAAACAGCAAGGCCCUCUACCCUUCGAUCUACAUGGAGGAGGUGCUGAGAACCUCCCUGCAGGGGAAGAAGUUCGUGUGGGCCAAAAUGGCUGAAGCCCUGAGAGUGGCUGAGCUGCCUUCUUCCCAGCACUCCCUCCCUGUCUUUGUGUAUGCCAGGCCAUUCUACACCUACACGUUGAAGGAGCUGACCCAGAUGGACCUGGUGUACACCAUUGGGCAGGCUGCAGCCAUGGGGGCUCACGGCAUUGUACUCUGGGGAGAUGCAGACUAUGCUCGCAACCGGACCAACUGCUUAAAGAUUCAGGACUACCUGACUAGCACCUUGGGCCCUUACAUUGUCAAUGUGACCAUGGCAACCAAACUUUGCAGCCAAUUUAUCUGCAGUAACCACGGCCGCUGCAUUCGCAGGAGGAUGGACUCUGACACCUACCUGCACCUCAGUCCCGACUCCUUUCGGAUCCAAACAAACACAGACAGCAAUCAAACUCAAGUGUCGGUGACAGGAGCCUUGAGCCGUCAGCAGAGAGACAAGAUGAGACAGCAGUUCAUGUGUCACUGCUAUCAGGGCUGGAAUGGGGAAAGCUGCCAUGCUCGGGGGCAGGGCUUGAGGCUGCAGCUAUGUGAUGGGUGCAUUCCUGUGAUCAUUCUGUAUGCACUGUUGACAUUGUGGCUCUGAGCCACUUGGAUCAGUUGUCCUAAACGUGAGUUGUGUGGAAUAAGUCCUCCUACAGCCCUCUACGGAAGAAUAAUAGGAGCACAUUGUUUGGUGGCAGAAGUAUUGUUAAGUGUCCUGUGACUCCCACCAGCUUCCCAGAACAUUAGCCUCUUGUGGUGUCUCACUGGGAAAGCAAGCACUUUUCCCAAUAGCAUCCAUAACCUAUGCAGGAUUUUAUUAUUCCAAGACACAAAGGAUUUUCUUUCAAUUUUUUUAACUCUCUUCACCAGCAUAGAAGCAGCUUUAAAAUUCAACAUGGUGCAUAUUUCCCUAAACUGUGACAAGAACUGUGUUUCCUUUUCCUUUUCUAAUACUGUAUUCUUGGGAGUUUUUUUUGUUUUUUGUUUAAAGCAAAACUUAGCUGGGAUCAGAUAUUUAUGAGUUAAAUAGCGAUGCAGUCACCUUUUAUUGUAAUGUAUUUAAAUGGAUUAUUUAUACACAGAGUGACCAUUUCCUACUUGAACCAGCUUGAUGUCCUCCAAACUGUGUUUGGUGGUUUUAACCGGAAGUGUGUUUGUGUGUGUGUGAGUGU